AUGUCAGUAAAUUCAAGGGCCACGGCACGCGAACUGAUGUUCGGGCCGCUCAAAAUAUUCGUAGGCGGAGAUUCAGACAGGGCCUGGAAACCACGCUACAAAAUCACAUUCGCAUCGUCCGCGAGUAGCUUUUCCUUCUUGCACGCAAACCUCGUCACAUGUUCGCUAAAAAUCGCGCCCCGCAUGGAAAUUUUAGUAGAGCUCGCGAGUUUGCUGCACCUCAACCCAUCCGCCUGCUCAUACUCGUUAUGCCAACGGGAUGUUUUGCCUACCACGCGAGUUUCUGCCACACAUGCCCCUAUAAAUCGUGACCCCAAAGAGUUUUUUCAUCCAGCCAGCGAGUUUUUGUCCUCUCACAUGGCGAGCUUCUGCGCCAAAAGUUUCGGUGCACAAGUGAGUUCCUUGCACAAGGCCCGCCUCUAUCGGAAACUAGCGCCCUACUCCGAUAUACUCGCAAAGCUCGCAAGGAGUCGUACUAACUAUCGCUCGGUCAAGCCGCAACUCGCGCCCUACAAAUUUCCUUGUCGAUCCUGCGAGUUUUCAUACCUUCUGUGCAAUGCCAAAGCCAUACUCACGACUCCAACAAAUUUUCUUGAUUGCCCCGCGAGUUUUUUCAUUAAAUGUUUCGAUUUUCGAAGAUUAAAUGUCGGGAACUUCGCGGUCUCGAGUAACCAUUACCCUCGGCGGCUCAGGGCAGGAAGAAAGAGACCAGUUCAGGAAAGACUUGGAAACAAUGGUGAUCAAUAUGCCGAUUUCAACUAUAAGAGACUACGCAAUGAUGAUAGAACUGGCAAUGCUGUUGAUGACACCUACCUCCGUAAAGGUGACCUCCGUUUCAAAAUUAUGCAAAAGAGUCUGUUGAAGCAAAGUCAAAGCAGCCAGCCCAAUGUGCCGGAUCUUCGCAAUAUUCUGUCAAGGCCCGCUCAAUCUUCCACAAAUAGUGUAACUACAAGGGACAGGAUGCCCGAGCCAAAGGACACAAGACCUCGAUAUCCAGAACCUACAAGUGACGGCCAGCUCCUCAAAGAAACCAGACACCGUGGACCUUUAAUUCCUAUGGCACGGCAUCCAAGCUUGCAUGUAUCCGAGAUUCGGGCACCUGAUCCUAGGAAACAGCACAUGUUAGAACCCAGGGAACUUGGACAAACCAUUCUUGUGAAAAAAGAUUUUGGGCAUCCUCUGCCCCAACAGAGGGCAUCGAUUCCUUUAACCAGAAUGGAUUCAGUCAUGAGUAAGCAUUCUCCAUGGACUUUGGAACGUUUGAGGCAAAGAUCACCUGAUGAGUCCCUGGCAACUUCUAGAGGUCCUGUAGCACCAAAUAGACGUGAUAUACUGCAAGAAAAACUGGCAGUUAGGGCACAUGAUGAUGUUAGGAUGAGCACAUGCAUUAAUAAGGAUGCUUCACCUGUUGGACAGAUGAAGACUGGUGCACCAGUGUCGGCCCAACUACCUCAGCCUCGGAAUCUCACUCAAAGGAGUCCAUUUAUGGUGGACGAUCAAGUUACUGUGGACAGCUUUUUGCGUUCAUUGGGUCUAGAAAAAUAUUCUAUUCUCUUUAAGGCUGAAGAAGUUGAUAUGUAUUCUUUGAAGCGAAUGGCUGAGAGGGAUCUUAAAGAGUUGGGAAUCCCUAUGGGGCCCAGAAAGAAGAUUCUACUUGCAUUGCAACCUCGUUUGAGACAAGCAGCAUGA